UUUUUACAUUUAAUUUACGUUCCUACCUGCGUUUCGGCACACGUUUUUUUUUUAUAUUUUAUAAUUGGAUUUAAUAAUUCUGGAAUUAAGUACAAAUUUACUCAAUAAAAAUGAGUGCUUGGCCGGAAGUUGUGACCGCAAAAGAGGAGAAUCGUCACGAAAUUAAGUUGGCGGGAGCCGCUAUAUCGAAACGAAUCUCUGAACAUGGCUUAGACAAAAAUAUCUUCACCUUAACAAACAUAAACUUAUUGAACAUCAGUGAUACAUGUCUGCACGCUAUACCAGAUGAGAUCAAGAACUUAAUUAAUCUCCAAAGCUUGUUAAUGUUUGGAAAUAAGAUUGAAGUUUUUAAUGAAAACAUAACCACACUUCGAAAGUUAAAAGUUCUAGAUUUAUCAAGAAACGAAUUAAAAAGCAUCCCAGAGAGCUUGAACAACAUGAAAGAACUAACUAGUAUCAAUUUCAGCUCAAAUCAAAUAGAAGAUAUGCCGAAAAUUGGCGAUUUACCAAACUUAAUAAUAAUAGACAUUUCCAAUAAUAAACUGAAGAGUUUCUUGGACGUGGAAUCGGCUAACUUGCCUCAUUUGACAGACUUGAAGCUAAAAAGUAAUUUGAUUGAAUCUAUUCCAAGUUGUAUCGGACAAAAACUUUCAUCACUCAAGAACUUUGACAUCAGCGACAAUCAGAUAACUGUUGUACCUGGCGAAGUAGCUAACAUAUCGAAAAUUAAAGAUCUCAACUUAAAGGGGAACAAGCUAUCAGACAAGCGGUUCAUGAAACUGGUUGAUCAGUGUCGCACCAAACAAAUUAUGGACUACAUCCGCGAUCACUGCCCCAAAACAGAACAAACUCAACAGUCAUCCAAAUCCAAAACAAAAAAAGGAAAGAAAGAAGAACCUCAUACAGAAAGUGUGGAAGCUGAAUUGUGUAACUCAAUGAAGAUUUUACAUGUCUCUGAUGAUGUAUUGAACGUUAAAAUUGUUGAGUCUCAGGUUGGCAGUGUCCGACCUUAUAUACUUUGUUGCAUAAUAAAGGAUCUAAAUUUCACGGAUAUGUUGUUUAAAAAAUUUAUACAAAUGCAAACAAGACUGCAUGACACCGUCUGUGAUAAGAGAAAUGUAGCCACAAUUGCAACACAUGACCUUAACAAAUUACCUCCAGGUGAUCUUGUGUACACAGCAAAGCCUCCGUCAAUGCUAAGCCUUAUUCCGUUAAUGAGGACAAAACCCUACACCGGAGAACAACUAGUCCAGCAGUUAGUAGCAGAAGCGGAAGCACUCAGGAAGGAGAAAAAGAGAAAUGUUUACUCGGGGAUCCAUAAGUACCUGUACCUGUUGGAAGGCAAAGCAGUCUAUGCUUGCCUCCAAGACUCAUCCGGUAGAGUAAUCAGCUUCCCACCUAUCACCAAUGCUGACGUAACGAAGAUGUCAUCAGAAAGUAAAGCCAUGCUGAUAGAGGUGACAUCUCAUUCUUCACUCGGAGCCUGUAAGAUGGUGAUGGAUAAAAUAUUGCAAGAAUGUUUGAUGCUAGGCAUCGGAGCUGACUCCCAGGACGGUUUUCAUGCGCUCACUGUGCAACAGGUCAAAAUAGUCGAUCCGGAUGGUAACCUGAAGUCAGUGUAUCCAUCGCGAACUGACUGUGUGUAUGAUGAUACGAACAUCAAAGUCAUCAGAAUGCCUAAAAAAUAAUCUGGAAAUAUGUGACCAGACGACUGGGAUUCCGCAUCGUGAGCGCCGGCAACACCUACAGGACGAGCAGUGUUGCCAUGAAGUUAAUUUUUUACAUAUUUUUUUUGUUUGAACUUUUUGUACUUUUCUUUAGAAGAUUUAAAAUCUUUUGAUACAGUGUUCUCAGUGAGUCUUUCAUGCUGCAUGAAGUAUAAUGUUUUUUUACUUUGUUUUUGAUUCGUUAAAAACGACUUUUUCUUUUUCUCACAAACUAUAAGUAAUCCGUUUGUGCUACCAUAAAACUAGACAUCUUCUAAAUCGAUUCAUGAUAAUGUCACAUUUGUUCACAAUCAUUCUAUAUUUAUGGUAAAUUUAUAUCGGAAACUUACAAUAAUAUUCUACAAAGAGGAUUACUUUUAUAAGUUUAUUAAAACAUCUGAUUAAAAGUGAAAAAAAAAUUCAGAAGAAAGUUAUUUGCUAUCUCUUUUUUUGUACCUACAGAUCUUCCAUCUUGAUAGCAAAGAUCCAUCAAAUCCUCUGUCAUUAUUUUGUCAUUGCGUGUGUAGGUAGCAGUAUAGUCACAGGUAAAAGUACUUGUUUUGAACUUAUAACAGUCUCUUUUAGAUGAACAAUAUAUUUGUCGUGUAGUUUUUUUGUCAUUUCCUUGGAGAUUUAUGUCUUUAAACUAUUAUUUAUUAAUGAGUAACUUUAAAAAAUAUGUCCUAAAAGUGUUUGUGGAAAUAUCUGAAUGCGUUGGUAUCGAUUAUAAUGUCAAUAAUUGAAAUGUUGUCUAUGGGCUUGUAAUGUCGAGAAUUAUACGAAUUUGACAUUCUUUAUAAAUUUUCAUCAUAUUUAUAAGACUGCACAGUUCUUCCGAGAAUCAUCAACCGCUCAUUGGCAGGUCUUUGUCGUAAUAGUGCAAACUCAGAAUCUUGACCGGGACGUUUGUAUUGCAAGAUUAUCUUUGAAAUCGUUGGCGCGAUUUAGACCUUUGAAGGAUUUCUUACAUUCUAUAAUAUCUAUUGUACAAGUAACUCCUUUUGUAACAUGGCACUUCUAAAAAACGAUUACAAAAUCUAUGUUUAAAAUUAUUUAGAACAGAAAAUUAUCCACUAUGAGCACACAGUUUAAGGAAAUAACCGAAAUUUUACUGAUAAUUUUUUUAUGUAUGAUAGGUAAAAAAAAUACAUAGAUAUAACACUGUUUCACAUAACACGGGAAUUUGUAAAAACGUAUGUACUGUGUUAUAGGGAGGAUUAGAGAGGUUACCUGUAUCUACUUAGUGCAAAUAAUGCUAUACUUAUUAUAAUUUUUUUUUGUUUUAAUUAGCCUAAAUUCAUUUGCCGGGUUGCUUGAAAAAAAAACGUGCCUACUUUGAAAAUGUCCUGUGACUUACUGAAAAUGUUACCAGCCAUAUAUGUGCUUAAUUUAUAUAUUAGUGUUGAAAACAAUUUUGAUCCUAAACUUUAAGAAUUGUCUGUGAUGCAUAUAAUUACAGGUAUGUCUCAAGUUUUUUUUUUUAAUAAAGUA